AUGGGCCAUAACACUGGCGAUAAAGAGAUAAUAAAAAUUGUCCACACAGAUGCAACCAUGAGUUACGUGGCAUCGCGCACGUUGCACGGUCAAACAACUUUAAAGGCCGACCUAGACAGAGCCCACCAAUCGACAGAUGUCGCUAUAAUAACCCUUCAAUCUUAUUGGCCAACGGGUCAGAUGUUAGCUAAUCACGGUUCAACAUUUAAAUCUCCCCGUCUGUUCCACGCCGUGCUGGCCAACCACAGAACCAAGGUCUCCAGGGAGAAUCGAUACUGGGACGAGUUUGAGUUUUACACUGAAACCAUCAAUGCCAUCAUGACCUGGCUGUCUGCUCUGCCUUUCGACCAUUUGUGGUGCGACGACGCAACCAGCAACAACAACAACGUCAAUCUCAACUGCAACAAAAACGGAAACCAAAUGAGUCUAAACAAAAAGAGACCAACGACAAUCAUCGAUUCAUUCAGUGGCAAAUACAUGGAUCCUAACUUUCAGAACGUCCCAGUCUGGUUGACAGCAUACAGUCACUUGAUGAACAGCGUGUACUACCUCGGAGCUGAGCAGGCCUUAUGUAAUGUUUUCAACUCUGUCAUCUGUUUCACGAGAGUUGAGAGUUUGAAGUUUGCCAACUACUCAUUCGCUGGUGAGGCGGUGUUCCGUUCGUACCGACUCUCCUAUCCAGCAUUCCGGAACGAAAGAGAUGACGUCAAAAAAACGACGAGAAACACUCCUAAAAAUUUUGCUGAGGAGAAUGGAAACGUUGAAACUAGCAGGGCGCGCGGCGGCAAGUUCAACGACGGAGUGAGUGACGUCAUGAAGGUGCAGAAGAUUCUCAGUACAGCCGACACUGAUGAUGAUGGUGGGAAGAACUUGAAUAAACAAAUAAAAUCAUACGCAACCAACGAAGAUGACGUCAUCAAUGACGACGAAGUUGAUAACGAGGCGUGGAAUUCGGGUGAUCGCAAAAAAUUUCGACUGGACGAUCAUCAAUUCAAGUUGGCUUUUAAGGAGGAGAUCGACGAAAAUGUGCACAGCGAUGAUGAUUAUGGUUGGAGGUGGAAAGUCAAGCCGCACUACAGUUUCUUCCCAAACUUGUACGAAUGCCGUCUAGAAAUCCUGUCGGCUGUUGAUUACGUGGCAGGUAGGGUUGAUCCGUCCUUAUGUGAAGAUGCCCAGAAGAACGAGACGAGGAUAACGGAACUGGAGAGUGUGAUUGCCGGAGAGAUAGAGAAAAUAGGUGAGAGGAUGAUGAGAGAAAAACUAGCCAAUGUAGAGAUAGAGAGGCGAGUCAAGAAACAUGAGACGCAAACAUCAACAAUUAUCAUAAUGGUGGCUGCAUUAUUCUCUUAUCUUAUCGCCGUUCACACCAUCAAAAUCGUCUUCCUGCUCAAAAAACACCUUCGCGAUAAAUCAACACACCGGAAAAAGAAAAAAAAACAGGCUUUAGCGACAACAUCCUCAGCAGCAGCAGCAGCAGCAACUACCACGGCUGCAUCAAUUUCAACGCCAACAUCUACAAUUUCUACAUUCGUUCCGACGCCAAUCACAACAUUUUCAGUGACGUCGACGAAAAAUGUCAACAGUAACGCCAUCUCAAAUUGUUCCUUUUCUCCCGUCGUAAGUCCAAACUUGAUGAAGAGUAUUUUAACUACGAAUUCAACAAUGCCCCAGUGCAAAAAGUGUUGCAACGUUAUCGACAGCACGACAACCUCGUCAACACUGCACAACAAGCAGCGGAAAGGUUGUUGCGCGUUUGUUAUCGAUACAUCAACAAACAUCCCAACACUUGGAAAUCUAAACUCCAACAUCAAAAAUAUCAACGAAAACCAAAAUAUGCAAUGCUUACAACAGCCGCAUCAACAUUCCCAGAAUCAACAUCAAAAUUUUCAAACACUGCAGCAACAAAGUUGGCCACAAAACCCACAUUUGCCACAUCAGCAGCAGCAACAACAACAACCACAGCGUCAACAACCACAGCGUCAACAACUACUGCAGCAACAGCAGCAGCAACAACAAAUAUUUCAACUCCACCAUCAACAACAACAAUUUUUUAACUAUCAACAGAGCGAAAGCAUUAAUGACAUUAACUUGAGUCCAAACGUUGCCAACACUCUCCACCAGAAUAUUCAACAAACCUCCACAUUGUUGCCAAAAAAAGGCAGCGUAAGUCAAUCGUACAAGUGCAACAACUACAUCAGUAAUCCUUGCGGCACAUUAGGUCGGAACACCUUAUUAGGAAGUACAAACAACAACAACAACAACAAUUACAACAACAACGACAUUAAUAACAUCACAACCAACAACAACAAAACCUUAUUAUCACCGGUUUCAACAACAAAACUAUCGACGAUAUCUUUAUUUUGUCCACCUCCAAAUACCUUGAACAACAGCGGUAGCUUCAAAAUGAACAACAAAAUGAACAACAGUAGUAGCAAUCUAAAUGAUACAAACAAUACAAACAUUCCAAACAAUACAAACUUUCUAAACAAUGCAAACACUAUAAACAACAACAUCAGCGGUUUAAUGUUCUCUAAUAGCAGCAACAGCGUUCUUCUAAAUGACAACAGCGUGGCUUGCACCGAACAAGUUACCGUCAGUUCGAAGUCCAUUCUAGCUUCAAACAAAUCUUGCGUUACUAACAUUGGAGCUAGUAGCAAUACUAGUAACGCUAAUUUCAGUAAUGUUUUUAAACAGUAG